AUGACUGAUUAUUAUAGAAUUGUGCCGUGGUUUAGUACUAAAGAGUGGCUAAAAGUUUAUAAUAGUUUGUACUGUACAACGUCCGAUAAUGAUUAUCCCAAUGCCUUAAAAUGGUUAUUGAUUUGGAAAGCAAGAUGCCCUUCUUUGCCAUCUGGAAUAGAAUCCACACUUUCCUUAUUGGAUGUAUAUGUUCAAGAUACGAAUGCAGUGGACAAAACAGACGACCAAUUAAUACGUUUAGCUUAUUCAUCUGCAAUAAUGAGAUUUGUUAACCACAUGUUUGACUCAGAUGCUGCUAAAGGAAAAAGUUUAUAUCGUAUAGCUGAAACUAGAGGAGUUCCAGAUUGGAUAGUAGAUUUAAGACAUGAGACUGCACACAGUAAUAAUUUGCCUUCCCUUGAGUUAUUAAGAGAAGCCACCUCAAUCUGUUUGCAAUGGCUUCAUGAUAAUUAUUGGCUUUUACACAAAGAAAUAUUAAAGGAUUAUGUUGUAAAUAAAAAUGAACUGUUGACAACUGUCUCAGAAGAAAAUAUUUCAUCAUUAAUUAGUGUGUGGACGAUGUUAAGCUUUUUACUACAUACUAACUCUGAAGUUAAGAGUCUUGCAAAUAUUCCUCUAGAUUUGCAAAAGUCAUUAUUUAAUGAUAUUCAGGAUUUAUUUGGAAGUGCAAUAAAUCUGUCUAACCUGAAAAUGCCUGUGCGAACUCUCAUUUCACAAUUAGACACAUUUUCUGGAAAGAUGAUAAAUAACAUAAAUAAGGAUCACUUAAUAAGACUCCUUGUAGAUGAAGAAUCAUUGGUUCUAUCAACUAAAGUAUACAAAGCUAUGAGCACUAAAAAGAAAGGGCUUGAUGCUGUCUAUGUGAAAUGUUUUGAAGUCUUCUUACAAUUCUUAACAUCUCAUGAUUUAUUAGAAGAAUUCACUUUAGAAGUUAUAAGGAUUACUGAAAGAUUUAAAACAAACAGGGCACAAUCUAAACUUGCUGCAAAAUGGGUUUCACAGAUAUUAAAGGCUCUGAGGAAUACACAAAUGUUUUUAGAACAGGCUGCCAAAAAAAAUGUGGAUGUACAAAAUAAAACCAAAAAGGAAUUGCUGUCACUGUUUCAUCACUGGUUUCCUAAUGCAAAAUCUUGCCCAUUAUUUUUAGAUCUCAAGAAACCUGUCCCAUUAAGUUUUACUGACAUUAAUAUAAUUCAGCCUAUCAUAACAAAUUACAAUCCCAAUUUGACAUUGUUUAUUUCGGAUCUGUUACACUUAGUAAGGCCUAAACUACCAAAUCCUAUUAAAAACAGGAUAUCUAAACUGGCUCUGUUAAUAGCAUCCCCUCAGGGGUUCAAUGCAAAAUCAGAAAAAAUAUAUACACCAGAAGAUUUUAAUGUCCAAUUGGAAGAUAUGAAAUUAGAUAAUAUAGCAUCAAAUAAAUCUGUGGAUGCCAUCAUACCUCAUACAAGUGAUCAUGAAGUAGAAUGUAAAGAAUAUAGUAUUUGGAAAAAGGCAUCUAGAAAUCAUGAAUGGUCUUCAUGUCCUAUAGGUCUGUUACCUUGGCAAAUGGAAGAAAAUAUGUCUAAUGACAUGGAUAUAGAUCAAUAA